GAAGGCGGAAGUGGGCACGUUGAACAAACUUGAUAACUUCUAGCUGACUGGCUAGGAGCACACUUCGACAGUACGUUAGCGACAUGUGUUAUGUCGUAAUUUCACACAUGUUUCUCAGAAUAAUCGAGGUCUUUGCCGAUAAUUAGUCGGCAGUAUCUCAACUGGCCACACGAGUGGACUUUCAGCGGCUGCACUUGUUUCCACCGACCCGAAACCAUCCAUAAUCGAAACUCCGCUCCUGUUCGAGCGCAGCGCCGUGAACGCGGGAAAAGGACCGCUUGUUUUUAGCCGGCUGUGUUGGAGGAGUCUUCGUAUUUCUCCUGUCUGGGGGUUAACUUGUGCAGACUUUUAGGAGCCAAGAGGCCUACAGCUGAGGAGUACUGCAUGUGUGUGUGAGGACUGCCGUGAGCGACGACAAACUCGUUGAAGAACAUGUCGGCCCAGGCACAGAUGCGAGCGAUGCUGGACCAGCUCAUGGGGACGGGCAGAGACGGAGACUCCAUGCGGCAAAGAAUCAAAUUUACAGACGAGCGAGUCUGUAAAAGCCACCUCCUGAAUUCGUGUCCUCAUGACAUUCUGUCAGGAACUAGAAUGGACCUGGGAGAGUGCGCCAAAGUCCAUGACCUGGCCCUGAGGGCCGAUUAUGAGAUUGCAUCAAAGGAGCAAGAAUACUUUUUUGAACUUGAUGCUACAGAACACCUUCAGUCUUUCAUCGCUGACUGCGACCGCAGAACUGAACUGGCCAAGAAGAGACUAGCCGAGACUCAAGAUGAGAUCAGCGCUGAGGUGGCUGCGAAGGCUGAGCGAGUCCACGAGUUAAACGAGGAAAUUGGCAAGCUGCUGGCCAAAGCAGAGCAGCUGGGGGGCGAAGGGAAUGUGGACGAAGCCCAGCAGUUGCUGGAGAAGGUGGAAAAGACUCGAGCCUUGAAGAAGGAAGCAGAGGAUGUGUACAGAAACUCGAUGCCAGCUUCCAGCUUUCAGCAGCAAAAACUACGAGUGUGCGAAGUGUGCUCCGCCUACUUGGGGCUCCAUGACAACGAUCGGCGUCUAGCCGACCAUUUUGGAGGCAAACUGCACAUCGGUUUCAUUGAAAUCCGCGAGAAGCUGGAAAAGCUAAGGAAAGCAGUUUCAGAGAAACAGGAGAGAAUGCGCAUAAGAAGGAGAGAGGAGCGAGAAAGGGAAGAAGAAAAGGAACGACAGUGGGAGAUGGAGCGUGAACGGGAGCGAGAGCGUGAACGGCAGCGAGAAUGGGAUCGAGAAAAAGAGCGAGACAGAAGGCGGUCAAGAUCUAGGAGUGGAGAUCGGUACAGGGAUGGCGGGAGCUCAUCCUCUCAGCGUUCCAGACGCCACCACUCGUCCCGGCCCAGGGAGGACGGGUCCGAUCGAGACAGAGACAGAGAUCGUAAACACCGACACAAGGACAGGCACCGCUCACGCUCGCAUUCUCACAGGCACAAAAGAAAGAGGUCUUCCAGAGACGGAUCAAGUCACACCCGCGACAAAGAACCGUCACCGACCCAGGAGAGAUCUCGAGAUGGUGCGGCAGAGGGAUGGCGCGAAAACAAAGUGGAGCAUGCAGACUGGGAGGAGAGGGGGAGGUCUACCUCUCCUGACAUGACCAGAGACAGGGAGAGGGAGAGAUCUCUGUCAUUGGAGCGGGACCGCCGGUCUAGCUCUGAGGAGCGAGAGUCGGGAGAGAUAUGAAUGUUACACGGCGGAUUUGAAUGAUCUACAGUUUAAAAAAAAAAAAGGAGCAUGUGAAGGUGUUUGAUUGGGUUUGGCCGUCUACUCUGUAUGCAUUUUCAUAUUGGGAAGUGUGUAUUUGGAUGGUGGGGCUGAGGUACUGCCUACAGUGGUGACGAUCUAAGAAAAAUAUAAAACUACUUUUCAAAGAUGUGCGAGGCAAGACUGACAUGGGAAGGGUAUUGUCUCCAUUUUUUUAUGUCAACUUUUCAACCUUAUGUACAGUUUACAGAGUGAUGUAAAAGAAUGCAGACAGACAAAAAAACCCUCCUUAAGUCUGUUUUUAUUUUUCUCACUUUUUUUUUUUUUUUUAGUUGAGUCUUUCAUGUCCAUGAUAUUUUGUCUGAUCCAAGAAGAACUGCAGUUCCAAAAGCUGUUGCACAGCCUUUGUGCUUUUGCUGGAAAUGGGCUGCUUGCUGACUGAAGGCACUUUUCGAUGUGUGUUCUUGGUGCCUUCGACCUGCAACAGUCUCAUUCGGAAGAUCUGAUUAGACUUCCUGUAAGGUGCAUUGAUUAACUUGUGCUUUCAAAAUAAACUUGCUUGUUCUUCCGAA